CUUCCUAAUCAUGCCAGAGGUAGCAGAUCCCUUCUUAGCCCAGUUUUUUGUGAAUUGUUUCUGAAAGUUCAGCUAGGCUCUCUUUCUUCAUCCCUCUCAAUGAUUCUGGGAGCUACUAAUAUUUCUUAAAAACAAAAGUCUCUGCUUCCAACAUGAAAACUCUCUCCUUUAUACUCUUGAUUCUGCAGUUCAGAGUGGUAUUUCUACAAUUCGCAUCUAAUCAUGUCAGUGUCCUGCUCAAAAACCUUCAUUGAAUGCCUGUUCUGACUUGUUAGACAAAGUCAGAAUCUCUGCUUGAUCCAGGCCUUGCUUCCUCUAUUAGUCUUCUCCCUCUCACCGUCCUCUUUGGUGGUACAGCUCUAUGCUGGCUUCUUCUCAUUUCCUGUGAUAUGCCACGCCCUCUCUCCUCUCUAGGCCUUCAGACACAGCCUUUGCCCUGAGAGGAACACCUUCCCCAGUCACCUGCAUUAUUCAGGUUUCAUCUUAGCAACCUCCUCCAGGAAGCCUGCCCCAAUCCUCCAAAUGUGGCUUCAACAACCUCCUGUGAGUUCCCGCUGCCCCUUGGGGCACCUAUCACACUGUUGUGAAUCUCUGUCCUGCCUAGAUGGUGACUUCUGUUUGGACAGGGAUUCUUAGUCCCUAGCACAGUCCCUGGCAUAUGAUAAAUGUUCAGUAACCAUUUACUGAAUGAAAGUGAAAUACUCUUCCUCUGUGAAAAUGUUAUCAGUUCUGUGUGCUGAUUAACUGAGUUUAUCUGGUCCAGGGAGUAUAUUAAAAACUAACUAAAACAGUAGUCAGCCAAGCAACCAACCUCCCUCCUUCCUCCUUCCUCUACCCAUUUUUUACACUAAUAUUUAUUGAGUACCAAGUGCCAAUUUGAAGAAAUGUUGAGAUAAAAACCAAUUUGAACUUUCUGAAAUUGGAAAUAAAAUUGACUAGUGCUUUGGACCCAAACUCUUAGGUGUGGCUGGGAUGGAGGAGUCCUUCAUGGAGCCUCUGAUGGGGGUUGCUAUCUAGAUUGAUCCUUAGACUUCUUACUUAGCCUGAGCAGGGUGUCUUCAGCUCACGUGCUGUGGAGAGUUACUAGAAACAUGAUACUCCCUGAUGUUUCACCUCCUAAGUAUCUGAGUGUGAAGUCCCUGCCUUUACUAGAAGGUGCUUGAUUGAAUAACGCAAAAAUGUGGUGGAGUGUCCUUCCAUUGACAUAAGGUCGGGUUGGAUUCUAAUCGUAUAAGGGAAUGGGCUUUGUAUGACCCACUGAUAAAUGUAAAAGGUCUCAGUGACAUGUGACUUAUUUUUGUGCAGUAGAGAUGCAAAUCAUUUUUUUCCCCAGGCUGUGGUCUUAUACUGUUGAACAUGUGCCCAUUUUUUGUCUAACCAUGUGGUUGUUAGAUUUCCUGUAGUGAUCCAGCAGUUCGUGCACUGAACCUUCGUUAGGUGAUCCAAAUAAAAUUGGACAUAUUUUAUUUUAUGAAUAGUAAUUGUGAUUUAUUUAUGAAUUUUUUAAAAUUGUAAAAUUGUUUUCAAGGGAUUUUGAUUUAGUAAAAUAAUGUAUUAGAUUGAGCUACAUGAAAUUGCUGUGUUUGUGGACCAAAAAGGUCAAAUAUCAGGUCAAAUAAUAAAUCUAUUAUUUAUAGAAGAAUGCUAUGUAAUACUUGCUACAUUUGGCACAGUGAAUUUUUAAAAUUUCAGUUAUCUACUCCCUUCAAGUGAAAUUAGCAAAUUCUAUUAGCAAAUAUAGCAAAAUCCACCUUAGGAACAGCUGGAUUUUAUGGUGUUGAAGCAAAUGAAAAUGUGUUAAGUGAACAAAGGUGGCUGGGUAUUUCUUACUUGGUGAAUUUAGAAGUGUCUAGGAAAUACACUUCUGUGUAUUUCAGUGAUUUUUCAGGGCUGAAUGUCAGGGUUUUUUUGUUUUUGUUAUUUUAAUCUCCAAGUAUUUUUUCUCCUUCUAUGAGUUACAAAAAAUAUAUAGAGUUUAUGGCCCCUUUGUUUACCUAGAAACCUUGGACAGUACAAUAAUAAAGUAGCAGCCUCAUAAGAAACAACCAUGUAACUUUUAAUGCUAAUACGACAUUCUUUGCCCGAGUCCACCCCAACAGACUUGCAUGUAAAAAUGAGAGACGAGGGCAUUAAGAUGCUUUCUUACAGGAAGGGUUUUCACAGGGCUUGGGUUUCAGUGAGCUCGUCUGUGACAAAGCAAAUUGAUGGCAGUGAUAGGCUAGUGAUGUCAUUGUGAUGUCAGUACUCCUCCUUACCCUGCCCAUGCUUGCUGGUUGGGAACACUUUCUGGUGCCCUGUGAUAGGGGAAACAAGACAGCUCUGUAUGCAGAAGCCCAUCAUGGCUGUAACUGGAGAUGAAACAGAUGAGGAAACUGAACUUGCCCCAAGUCACAUGGCUGCUGCCACUGGUGACAUGCCAACUUACCAGAUCCGAGCUCCUGCCACUGCUUUGCCACAGGGAGUAGUGAUGGCUGCCUCACCAGGAAGUUUGCACAGUCCCCAGCAACUAGCAGAAGAAGCAACACGAAAACGAGAGCUGAGGCUAAUGAAAAACAGGGAAGCUGCUAAAGAAUGUCGACGUCGAAAGAAAGAAUAUGUAAAAUGUCUGGAGAGUCGAGUUGCAGUGCUGGAAGUUCAGAACAAGAAGCUUAUAGAGGAACUUGAAACCCUGAAAGACAUUUGCUCUCCUAAAACAGAUUAGUAGAAAUAUUUGACUAUGAACUGAUUACAACAUGUACAGUUGCUUUUGAAGGCAAUACAAUAUAUAGCCGGCAAGAAUUAUGGCUUUUUCCUUUGUAUUAUUCAUCGUAUUCUCUAAUCUCUAACAUUCCUGAAAUGCUUCACUGUACGUAGUUAACUCUUAGCUGUAACUUCAACUUUUUAAAAGAGACAAACUGUAAAAAAUGUAUGUAACAAAUUCUUAAAAUGCAAUAUUUGUAAGACUUGUUCCAAUGCCACAUAUUUGCAGUUCCCAAUCUCUGUGUCAUGAAUAGUGUCCUAUGCAAUAAAAUUUUUUGCAGGUCUUUAAAAAUCGUUUUAGGAAAGGAUAAUCAAAGAUAAUGCAUCCAACAGUACAAUAAAAGUAAACCACAAAAAAUACCUCAGGAAAGAAUUGAAAGAAAGAAAGAGUUGAAAGAAUCUAAUGGCACACCUGUGUGAAAAUAAUAGCCUAUAAAUGAAUUUAUGGCAUUUGCAGAUUUUUAUAUUAGUUGCUUUGUAAAGAAAAUAUUGUAUUGCUGUCGUUGAAUGCCAUAGUUGAAGGGAGUGUUUAACAGAACCAUGUUGGUUACACUUUGUAGUGUUUGGUGCUCAUUAACUAUCGGAACAUUUAUGACAGUUUUUACUCUAUUGUGUAAUAUAAAAGAUCUUGCAGAA